CGUCAUUUGUCACAAUAAAGUGACACUACUCCGUUACGAUUUGACAUAAUUUACAGAUACACAACACCACAGACCGUGCCAUUGAAUCUCAAAUACACACAACAAUGCCGGAAAACAAAGAAGGAACAGCUAAAUCUUUCAAACAGCGUAAGAGUUUUGCCACUCGGAAAGAAGAAGUAGCAGGAAUCAGAGCCAAGUUUCCAACCAAAGUACCGGUGAUAGUCGAGCGUUAUUACAAGGAGCAGAGCCUGCCUAUACUGGACAAGACCAAAUUUCUUGUGCCCCAGGAGCUGACCAUGUCUCAGUUUGCUACUAUUAUCAGAAAUCGGAUGUCCUUGAAUGCAAACCAAGCGUUUUACCUGAUUAUCAACAACAAAAGUAUCUCCUCGAUGUCUCUGACGUUGGCUGAGGUUUACCGGGACGACAAGGAUGAGGACGGCUUCCUGUACAUGACGUACGCCUCGCAGGAGAUGUUCGGAUAGACCCAGUGUGUUCCAUGGUUACCAUGAAGUCCCAUGGACUAUACCUGCUGCUGUAAAUGCAGGAGAAAUGUCAUCCACUUAUGGAUUCUGUGAUCUGAAACUUUAAUUUGCCUGUACAUCUGUGUGUAUGUCUCUUGUGAUGUGAACUGUUCCUAGUUUAUUUUGCCAUUGGUUGUUCAAGUUCUGAAUGCAAGCGUUGCUUUAUUUCAUAACAGUUGUUUAAAUACUGCCAUUAAGAAGCCAUUAAUUUCAUAUUUGCAUCAUGAAUAUUUGCCACAUAUACUCUCAUUGUUGAUGCAUGUUGCAUCUGAAAUGAUAUACAGUGAGUGAGUGUUGGAAAGGAAUAGUUGAUUACUAGUGUACGUGUGUUUCACACCAAUGAUAUAUAACACAUUGUGUUUAUUAUACAAUAUACAUGUAUUUUUGAAUUAGUACUGUCACUGUGUUACACAAUCAGUUAUUUAAUUUGAUUAGGAUUUUGCUAAUGUUUUUGUUGGGUUUGUUUUUUUGACAUGGCCCCGUUUUCCUUUAUCUUUCCCUUAGAAGGGUGAAUAUUAUUCAGAUUUUAAUCAUAAAGGAAAAGAUAGUUUUGCCUGGUUAAGUUUCAAAAUAAAUGAGGAAAUGUAGUUUUAAUCCCUUGCUUCAAUUUGUUUCAGCCCAAAUCAGUAAAACAAAAAAAUAAGUUGAGAGUGGCCAAGCCUCUUUUGUAAAUGGCAUGUCAUCUUUGGGUAUUGAAGUUAUAUAAAAUGUAGUACUAAAUGAGACAUAUUUAAUUUGUAAAAAAAAAGUUAUUGCCUAUUUUGUAUGCAGCUCUAGAAAUUUCAGCAUAAGUCAAACUAUCACUUGUGAAACUGUCUGAUACAUAUAAUAACAGUGCAAAGGCUUUUUACCAUCAGUAGAUAUUCAUUUUGAGCAGUGGGGUAUUGCACGUUCUGUUACCAACAUAGUUUUCUUUUUGCCUCCAUGCUUGUUAAACUAAAAGUCUCAAUUGACUCAAUUUCAUAGCAAAGUUCAAAGACAAAAGAGUGUCAAGCAGCUUAAAACUGAUAUUCUGCAUAGUUUCAGUUAUACAUGUAUCGUUUUAUUGUUACCUUUUUCCUCGUACACCUAAUGCUGACAUUUUAUAUGGGAACAAUGAAUAUACAUGUGAUUUCUUCAUUUUUCUCCUUCUUGAUGAUGGACAGACUUUGGAAUAUGGUGAUUCUAAUAUAUAUUUAUUAUAUAUUUUGUAAAAAAACUCAGUUACCCUCUCCCUGUGAUCUUUAUUUCAAGUUAAAGAAUUUGAAAAGGGCAAACUAUUAACAUUUUGGUGCAAUAUAUGUUGAUUACAAUAAGGUUGUUUAUUUUUGUUUGUUUGUUGAUUGUUUAUAUUUUGGACAUUGAUGUGUCCUGAGCUUUGUAAAACAUUACCCACCAAGAACAAUUUCAAAUGUGACAGUUUAUUGAAGGCCAUUGUGGAUCAAGUUGUUAACCCAACCAAGAAAAUUCAACCUUGCAAUAUUUUUAACCCAACCAAGAAAUCCCAAACAAGAAAUUGCAAUCUUGUAAUAUUGUUAGUCCAACCAAGAAAAGGCAUCCUUGUUUCAUUUAAACCUGACCAAGAAAGUGCUACCCUGUUAUAUGGUAAACCAAUCCAAGGGAUCGCAACCCUAGAAAUGUAAUGUUUUUGCUGACAUUUAUCUUUGAAGGUUGUAUACUUUGUGCUUUUGACUAAAACUAAGAUGUGAUAUUUAAUUUUUAUUUUACGGAUCUAUUUGUUUGAAAAAUGAAUCCAAUUUAUUAAUUACCUUCUGUGAACAAAUUUUAAAUAACAUGAAAACCCAUUUAUCAUAUAAUCAUGGAGAAUCACAGACAAUUUAUUGAUGAAGUGCAUGUGUAGUUUAUUAUUGUAUGUUGGUGUUUAAUCAUUGGUCUUAGGACAUGAAUUAAUGUUAUGUUAAGAGUUUGGUCACUGAAACAAAAAUAGUUUUAAAUUGCACAUGUUGGUGAUAUUAGAAAUUAUCAUAUUAGUGCUAAUGUUUAUAAUGUAUUUUGCAAUUGCUAACUUGUGUGAGGUACAUGUAUACCUUUAUUUGCUUCUUGUGGCUAUGAUAGGUAGAACAAACUUUUUGUUCAUAUUUUACUCACAGCUUCUGUGAUAGAAUUGCAAUAGUAUGGAAUUGGUUUUGAAAACUGUUCAUCUCUUGCUCAGUAUGUCAAGGUUGUAUGCCAUAGUGGUAUUUCGUGAACAAUGUUCUAGUGCCUCUAUCCAAUAAUGUAGGAUUAUUGUUUUGUCAUCACAACAUAAUUUAUCUGUUACUCUUUUAAGCUGGAUAUAAGCAAGUUUAUGUAUUAGUGUUACUGAAAAGCAUUGUACUAAAAGUACAUGUUUGAAUUCUAGAUAAUUAUGUUUGUAGAGGUCAGUCACCAAAAUAGAUUCUUUUUCAUCUGGACAUUUAAGUUAAGUUCUCAGUUAUGAAUGUGUGUAUAUUCAUUAUUAUAAUUAACAUUUGGAAAAAAAUAGAAUAUGCAAUCAGAUAUUGGCUACUUGAUAGUUUGUUGUGUCAAAUUUUAUUUUUGUCUGGUAAGUAUUUCAUGCAUACCCUUAAGACAUUUUAACAGCGUUAUGUUACAAUAUUUUUAGGUUCUGCUUGUUCUCUCAUUAAUACCAAUUUUUUAAGGCUCUUCUAAAGGCUUGAUGUCAAUCAUGUUCAUAAUUAUAUUUUAGUUUAAAUUAAAAGAUAAAAAUAAUUAAUUUAAUUAUUGAUACAACAGUAAACAAUUUUGUUGUUUAAUUGUAUCAAAACUACAAAACUGUCACAGUACAAGUGGGAACAAUCUUAUCAAUAUGGUUUGUCUUUACUUGCUAUUGAAUAAAGAUUAUUUUGUU